AUGGAUGCCGAAACCCUCAGUCGAAUUCUAGCGGAGCAGCGCGAAUCGUUAAUGGCAGCGGUUCGUGAGUUGGUAGGACCUGUCCUAGCCCAACGUCAAUGCUCUUCCCCAGUCUCGGGACUUGAUAAAAGCAAACUCUUCAAUGCUUUAUCGAGUCAAAUCCCGAUUUUCUCCUAUGAUCGGGAUGCUGGGAAAACAUUCGAUGAGUGGUACACACGCUACGAAGAUGUUGUCACUGCACAAGGACAAGAUCAGAUGAUGGAAGUCCGGGAGAACGCUCAACGACCACUCGCAAAACAGGAAGGGUUAGAAGUGAAUGUCGUUAAGACGAAGAAGGACGCAAGGGACCCACCGUCGCCAUGCUUCAGAUGCGGAGGAACUCACUGGGCCUGUUGCUUCAAAGACGCAGAAUGCCGAAAGUGCCAUAAGAAGGGGCACAUAGCUGAAUGCUGCCGUCAAAAAUCCGGAAAGUCCAAGAAGCACAGGCGUGCAAACGCUAUAACCAUUGCAGUGACUUCCACGAGACGCUCCAAUCGUAUCUACCGAACAGUCAACAUCAAAAUGAUGCUUGACACAGGAGCAGAAGUCACGAUUCUCAACAUCGCCGAUUGGUUUGCUACUCCAACUGCUCGUUCACCUCAAAACGACGAGAAUAUUGAGAAAUUGAAAAUACAAAUGACAUCAAGAAAAAUGAAAGAAAUGGACAUGGAAGCCAAUAUGACACCAAACACGGCGAAAAAGCAUGCCGAGCAUUUACGCGAAAUCCAGAAAAUGCAGAAGAAGCUUCGACUCAAACAGCAAAGAGAAGAACGGGAGAGAGCGGGAAAGUUGCCAAAUCGCCCGCAUCGCAUUUACUCGACAAACCCGGAUGAUGACUAUGGUAUUCAUGAUCUGAAUAGUAAUGAUGAGACCGACAAUGAGGAUGAGCCGAGGAAGAAGAUCCCUGUUUGGGCUGAUUUUAAACAAGUUCGCGCCGUUAUUCGGCAACAAUUAAAGAAUCCACCCAUCAACAUUCAAGAGUUUUGCGGAGAACUUCCAAAGCUGGAUUUAAGAAUUAUUUUUGGAAAAGAGCUGAAAACACAGAAACGAGGCUCGUCUGCUGUGUGGAAUUCGUCGACAACGAGUUAG